AUGGUUCCACUUCCACCGAGACGCAGACGCAGACGCGUGUUUGGGCUACACCAAGUUGAGUUUCACGGCGUAAACCUGAGCGUGACCGUGACGAAGAGAGCCGCGGAGGUUGACCAAUGGGUGAGCGAGGUUGUCCACAACAACCGCCGCGUCCUCCACAACCUCAUCGUCGGCCUCGACAUCGAGUGGCACCCCUGUCUUGUCGGGGAACACAACCCCGCCGCCACGCUCCAGCUUUGCGUCGGGAAAACCUGUCUCAUUUUUCAACUUUUGCACAAGGAUUACACUCCCCUUUCUCUCCUCGCCUUCCUGGCUAAUCCCCAAUUCACGUUCGUCGGCGUCGGGGUCGGAGAUGACGCGCAGAAGCUUCUCCGGGACCACGGGUUGGUGGUAGAGAACUUUGCGGAUUUGCGGUGGGUGGGCGCGGGGGUUUACGGUUCGGAGCGGUUUAUGAGGAUGGGGUUGAAGAGAAUGGCGUGGGAAGUUGUGGGAAUGGUGAUGGAGAAGCCAUUAGAAGUCACUCUCAGCGAUUGGGAUUCCAACACUCUUACCUUUCGCCAAAUUGAAUAUGCUUCCAUUGAUGCAUUUGUUUCCUCAGAAAUUGGUAUCAAAUUGUUCAUUAGCUUACACAGAGUUACAGGGACUGGUAUACCAUUUAGUUGUUGAUAAGUUGAGUGGUUUUGUUGUAAAGUUGGUGUGAGUUCUAAGGUUUUCAAUUGUAUCUCUCUAAAUCUCACUAUGCUAAAUACAAUCAUACUUUGAAAUAAGAAAUUUAGUUCUAUUGUGAUUG